AUGGCUGCUCAUUUGAGCUAUUUGAUGUCAAAGUUACAAACUCUAUCCACUUCAGAUCACUCCUCUGUGGUUUCUAUGAACCUAUUUGUGGCGCUCCUUUUAGCUUGUAUUGUGAUCGGACAUCUUCUCGAGGAGAAUCGAUGGGUGAAUGAGUCAAUCACUGCCCUUUUGAUUGGAGUUUGUACUGGGAUUGUUAUUCUUCUGAUCAGUAGAGGAAAAAGCUCGCAUCUUUUGGUUUUCAGUGAAGAUCUUUUCUUUAUAUACCUUCUGCCACCUAUUAUUUUUAAUGCUGGGUUUCAGGUGAAAAAGAAGCAGUUCUUUGUAAACUUCAUCACUAUUGUAAUGUUUGGUGCUAUUGGAACAUUAAUAUCCUUCUGCAUCAUAUCAUUAGGUGCUACACAAAUAUUUAAGAAACUGGACAUUGGUUCGCUGGAGAUAGGGGAUUAUCUUGCAAUUGGUGCAAUAUUUGCUGCAACGGAUUCUGUAUGCACGUUGCAGGUGCUCAAUCAGGAUGAGACACCUUUACUCUACAGUCUUGUAUUUGGGGAGGGUGUUGUUAAUGAUGCUACAUCUGUGGUGCUUUUCAAUGCUAUCCAGAGCUUUGAUCUCACUCACAUUGAUUCCAGAAUUGCUUUGCAUUUUAUGGGCAACUUCUUAUAUUUGUUUUUCACAAGCACCAUGCUAGGAGUGUUUGCAGGGCUGCUCAGUGCUUACAUUAUUAAAAAGCUUUAUUUUGGCAGGCACUCUACAGAUCGCGAGGUUGCUCUUAUGAUGCUCAUGGCAUACCUGUCAUAUAUACUGGCUGAAUUAUUCUAUUUGAGUGGCAUUCUCACUGUAUUCUUUUGUGGGAUUGUGAUGUCCCAUUACACUUGGCAUAACGUGACUGAGAGUUCAAGAGUCACAACCAAGCAUGCGUUUGCAACCUUGUCAUUUGUUGCUGAGAUUUUUAUCUUCCUUUAUGUUGGUAUGGAUGCCCUGGACAUUGAAAAGUGGAGAUUUGUCAGUGACAGUCCUGGAACAUCAGUGGCAGUGAGUUCAAUACUGCUAGGUCUUCUUAUGCUCGGAAGAGCAGCUUUUGUUUUCCCCCUAUCAUUUUUGUCGAACUUAGCUAAGAAAAAUCCAUAUGAGAAAAUUAGCCUCCGGCAGCAAGUGAUAAUAUGGUGGGCUGGUCUCAUGAGAGGUGCUGUGUCUAUAGCACUUGCUUAUAAUCAGUUUACAAGGUCAGGCCACACACAAUUGCGACCGAAUGCAAUCUUGAUCACUAGCACGAUAACUGUUGUUCUUUUCAGCACAGUGGUGUUUGGUUUGAUGACAAAGCCUCUCAUAAGGUUCUUGGUGCCUCAUUCAAAACAAACAACCAGCAUGGUGUUGUCAGAGCCAAACACUCCAAAAUCAAUCAUUGUUCCACUUCUUGGGCAGGAUUCUGAAGGUGAUCUGGGUAGCCAAGAGGUUCGGCGGCCGGCCAGCAUACGUGAUCUUUUGACAACUCCAACGCACACUGUCCAUCGCUAUUGGCGUAAGUUUGAUAACGCCUUCAUGCGUCCAGUGUUUGGCGGCCGGGGUUUUGUUCCCUUUGUUCCCGGCUCACCAACGGAACGGAACAACACUCAGUGGCAAUGA